GAUGAUAUUUCUUUAAAAAAUAUUUGAGAAAAAAAAAACAAAUAAAUACGUAUCCUUAAAAGAAGCCUGAAAGAAACAGCUUCUCUUCCGUCUUUCACUCUCCAUCUCUCUUCCGUCGUUUCCUAAGUCCUUUUCUUUAUUUCAGAUUCUCUCUUUUCAUCCAAAAAAAUGAGAGAUUUUUCAGAAAAAAUCCUCUGUUUUUUGAGAUAAAUCUCGCUCUUUUAGCCUCAUCAUCCAAAACCCACCAUUAAAAAACCUCUCUUUCGUUCCCUUUGUUUAAAUUAGCUUAUUUUGCGUCUCUGUUUCUCUGCAUGUCCUAGUUUGAUGAUACAGCUGACUUUCGGUUUUGUUUUUUUGUCUAAAUUGAAUUUCAAUAUUUGAUCAUUCGUGUGUGAUAUAUUAGUGGUUAACGAGUCGUUUUCUUAAGGUUUUACCUUUUCUUAUCGUGAUGUUAGAUUUUUCUCCUUUUUCUACAAUUGCAUAGAAAUUUCAUUACCUGAAUGUCAAAGCAUGUGCAUGAUCUUUGAUAAGUUUGGUGAUUGAUAGUUUCUUAUAAAAAAUCUAGACUUCCUUCAAUAAUAAGUUUUCUUUGUUUAACUUAGUAAUCAUAAGAUUGUUUUUUUAAUAUAUAACUUUUGUGUGUGUUUAAAUUCACUAGUAAUCUGAAAAAAUAGUACUUGAUUGAUUUCAUGAUGAUGAUGAAACGAUUGAUGCUUUGAGUUACAAAAUCUAGUUUUUUGAAAGUUGUGUGGUCUUAUUUGCAUAGUUAAAUAGUUUUGAUUUGAAAGUUUUAAGACAUGGAGAAGAAAUCAGAAGAAGAGGGGAACAACAUCAAGAAAGAGAAGAUCUUUCGAGCUGAUAAGAUUGAUUUGAAGAGUUUAGAUAGACAGCUUGAGAAACAUUUGAGUAGGGUUUGGUCGAGGAAUCUUGAGGUGAAUCUUAAAGCUAAGGAAGAAUGGGAUAUUGAUUUGGCUAAGUUGGCAACAAGUAAUGUUAUUGCUCGUGGUACUUAUGGUACUGUCUACAAAGGUACUUAUGAUGGACAAGAUGUUGCAGUGAAAGUGCUUGAUUGGGAAGAUGAUGGGAAUGAAACAACGGCCAAGACCGCUACAAAUCGGGCUUUGUUCCGUCAGGAAGUCACUGUUUGGCACAAACUCAACCAUCCGGAUGUCACAAAGUUUGUUGGAGCGUCUAUGGGAACAACGAAUCUGAAUAUACGAUCAGCUGAUUCAAGAGGCUCGUUGCCUCAACAAGCGUGUUGUGUGGUUGUGGAGUAUCUUCCUGGUGGAACAUUGAAACAACACUUGAUUCGUCAUAAGAGCAAGAAACUCGCUUUUAAAGCUGUUAUCAAACUCGCUCUUGAUCUCGCGCGGGGGCUAUGCUAUUUGCACUCAGAGAAGAUUGUGCACCGCGAUGUGAAAACAGAGAAUAUGCUUUUGGAUGCUAAUAAGAAUUUGAAAAUAGCGGAUUUUGGAGUAGCGCGGGUGGACGCUCUUAAUCCAAAAGACAUGACAGGAGAAACCGGUACUCUUGGAUACAUGGCUCCUGAGGUCAUUGACGGUAAGCCAUACAAUAGAAGGUGCGAUGUUUACAGCUUUGGGAUAUGCUUAUGGGAAAUCUACUGCUGCGAUAUGCCUUAUCAUGAUCUUAGCUUUGUCGAUGUUUCUUCCGCGGUUGUCUUACAUAAUCUGAGACCGGAUAUACCGAGAUGCUGUCCGACUGCAUUGGCGACCAUAAUGAAGACAUGUUGGGAUGGGAAUCCGCAGAAACGGCCGGAGAUGAAGGAAGUGGUGAAGAUGCUUGAAGGUAUUGAUACCAGUAAAGGCGGCGGAAUGAUACCGGAAGAUCAGAGUCCGGGCUGUUUCUGCUUUACUCCGGCUCGUGGACCUUGAAUUUCCCUUUCUACCUCUUUUUGGUUGUCUUGUCUUGUUAUUCUCGACAUUAACUGAGUGCCAUUUUUCUUCUUCUCCAAGAAAACAUCUUUUAACAAUAAUUGUUAGUGGAAGCCCCCUUGGUGACCAAGGGUUAAUUAA